UGAAGCAGUCCAAGCGCAAGUCCUCCAUUCGUAUUGAUCACCCUCUGUCUGUCCAUGAGUCAGUGGAAAAACCUGUCUCUGUGCUGAGCUUACGAAAAAGGCGAAUAAUUGGGAAAGUUCGAAUAUUGUUGAACCUCGUAGGUUCCCGCGAUUAGUGACGACCGAAUAAUAAUUUCAGUGGAUUGAUAAACCCGCUGAAAUGGCCGAAGAAGGCCCUGAAAUACAGCCCAUCCAGGGUGUAACCAGCCCGACCGUGAUCGCAGUAUGCGUGGGCGGCUUCCUAUUCGGCGGGCUCAUCCUCGCCGUCACGUGGUACUGCUACCGCCGCCGCCACCGCCGCCUCGGCGUGAAACGCGCCGGUGCAGACCAGCCUUUAGCGUUCCACAGCCGUCGCAGACCGACGGCGGUGCGAAGCCCCGCGGGAGGCGUGGGAGGGACGGCAGUGGGAGCCGUGGGAGCCGGGCCGCACUAUCUGAAGAAGAGCCCCAGUCCGACGGGGGCCUCAAAAACACCCCCAGGGAUGUCAACUCCACAUCCACAUACGCCCAGUCCCACAAGCAGCAUCAUCGGACCUCUGGAAAGUGGAGUGAUGACCGGAAAUCAUGUGGAACCCAAAUCCGGCGCUUCCACUCAACCGAAAGACGUUUAUAAUAACGAGAACGAAAAAAAUCAGGUACCGACAAAAGAAGAAGUGGAAGCCAAUGAGAAGAAUCUCCAGCAGAAUGCUGUCUUUUUGGGACAGCUAGUCUUCAAACUGAGAUAUAAAACCGAUAAAAAUGCUUUGAUAGUAUCAGUGGUGCGUUGUCGAGAUUUGCCAGCCAAGGACACUAGCGUAGGAUCCAGUGAUCCUUAUGUGAAGCUCCAACUUCUUCCGGAUAAACAACAUAAAGUGAAAACUCGUGUUUUACGCAACACUAGGAACCCAGUAUACGAUGAGGAUUUCACUUUUUACGGGAUCGAUUUCAACCAACUCUCCAACAUAACUCUGCACUUCGUCAUUUUGAGUUUUGACAGAUACAGUAGAGAUGACAUUAUCGGAGAAGUGUUCUGCACUCUAAAUACAGUUGAUAUCACGCAAAUAGAGUCCCAACAGAUGGCAGUCAGCAGAGAAAUUCAACCCAGGAGUUUGAAAAUUCGUUCUCAAGGCCGUGGAGAUAUCUUAGUGUCAUUGUGCUGGCAACCAGCAGCUAACAGACUCACCGUGGUAGUCUUGAAGGCUCGCAAUCUUCCCAAGAUGGACAUCACUGGUUUGGCAGAUCCCUACGUCAAGAUAUAUCUGUUAUAUAACGGGCAGAGAAUUGCAAAGAAGAAGACACACGUGAAGAAGAGGACUUUGAGUCCUGUUUUCAAUGAAAGUUUCGUAUUUGACAUUCCACAAGGCGGAGAUGGUCUGGGAGCUGUCAGUCUAGAAUUCCUAUUGCUCGACUGGGAUAGAGUAACGAAGAAUGAAAUAAUUGGCAGGUUAGAUCUAGGAGGUGCAAAAUGUACAGGCACAGCAUUGCACCACUGGAACGAGGUCUGUAAUUCCCCGAGGAGGCAGAUAGCAGAGUGGCACAAACUUAGAGAAUAGGAAAUCAUCACUCUUAAUGGAAAUAAUAUAACUUUAUUCGAUAUUACCUUCACGAAGUCUCAAAAUAUGAUCUACACUUCACAGGAAUGAUCUGAUCGCAUUUCUACAUCGAAUUUUCACAACAGUAACAAAAUCAGGGCGAUGUUUUUUUAUUCACUCUAUAGGUGUUCAGUUAUCAGAUAUCAAGUAUGAUUCAACGUAUACAGGGUGAGUCAAUGAAAUAUGAAAGUGUUUGAGAUAGAUGAACAAAAAUUCUUGUUAUGGUCUAGGCUCAUGAGCAGCACAUUUACAAAAUAUUGUGCGUUAUACAGGGUGACUCAAUAAUGCGUGACGUAUCAAAAAUAUCAUUUUUCUCAUGGGACACCCUGUAUUUUAUUGCAUUUUCGGAUUCUCCUUGGUGAGCUGAUUCCAUCAAUGCAUCACACUUGGGGUAUAACAAGAAUAAUUACAGAUAUAUAGGGUGUUCAAAAUCGAGACUAUUUCACUUGAGGAUUUUUUUGUGUCGAAACUAUUCAUUAUUGGUCAAAAGGGCUCACAUGUCCCUAUCUCACUCUUGAUUUACUAUCUACUAAUAUUUAGCUUGAACGAGUACAGGGUGGUUCAUAAUUCUGAAUUUUGAACUGACCUGUAUUCGUCCAAACUAAAUAUCAGUAGAUAGUAAAUCAGAAGUUGAAAUGGAGACAUGUGAGCCGUUCUGACCAAUAUAAUUAAUAGUUUCGACACCAAAAAUCCGAAAGUUGAAAAAUCUCGAUUUUGAGCACCCUAAAUCUUUGUAAUCACUCUCGCUAGAUCCCGAAUGUAAUGUAUUGAUAGAAUCAGCUCACAAAAGAGAAUCCGAAAAUGCAAUAAAAUACAGGGAGUCCUAUAAUAAAAAGUAUAACUUUGAUACGCAAACGCAUAUUUGAGUCAACCUGUAUACGCAAAGUGAUUUAGAAAUAUGCUACUCAUGAGCCUAGACCAUCACAAAAAAUUGUUAUUCAUCUAUCUCAAACAGCGAAGCCGUUAUCUCACUUUCCCAUUUCAAUGACUCACCCUGUAUAGCGAAAACUUUAAUAACCUUUCUGGACCCAUGGUCGAUGAUUGAAAAUACUCGUGAAACUGAUAAUUUCAUUUUUUAUAUGACUCAUUUUGUGAAUUGACUUCGUGAAAUUUUUAGAUAUUAAUACCAUAAAUACCAUAGCCUCUUAUAGUUGGAUUCUAGGCUCCGGUCACACUUUUCUUCAACUUUUCCAUAAUUUCCCCAUCCAAAAUCAUCACUGCAAGUCGUUAUUUGUUGUCAAUUGAUUUGCGAAUUCAACGGAGAGAAAAAGUAGUGAAAACACUAGCUCCAUCAUAUUUCCCAUUCCCCAUUGAAGAAUAAUGUCACAUUUUUUGCGAUAUAUUAGUAAGAACAUUUUGCUGUUUUCCAAACAACAUGAAAAAAGCAGAGACAGCUUUAUCAAUGUGAGGUUAUACAACGCAGUAGAUGCGCAAUUUGAUGUGGCACAAAAACUGAAUGUACCAAAAAACUAACUGAUAUUUAGGAGUAGUUACGAUUCGAACUUUGAUUUUACGAAAGGGAUAGGCUGUAAAUAUGAAUAAAAUUUAUCAUUUAUAUCGAA